AUGCUGUACGACAGCGCCCGCGUCCUGCACGCCGUCCUCCUCCUCGAGGAGGUCCGCGCAGGCCUGUUUGACACGCGGGCGCCGCUGGCCCUCACCUCUCUCGUCGGCGAGUGGAAGGGCCAGUGCGAGACCUUCCGCCACCUCGCCGCCGAUUCGCACCCGCUCGGCUUCGCGGCCAAGCCCUCCGCAAAGUCGCCAAGUCGACGCGCCGCCCGCCACUACUCGGAAGAAGACCUGCCGCCGGAGCUCAAGAACCCGUCGAGCGGCCCGGAUGGCCUGCUGAAGACGAAGACCGUCGUGCAGUUCGGCUGGGACCCUGGUGCGGGUACCGUGCGCCGCGCCACUGUCCUCACGGAUAUGCAGGGGAAUGAGCUCGGGAGGUCCGUCGUGUACGGCGCCAUCAUGCCGGAUCAGAACGGACUGUUUGAUGUCGCCACGUUUGAGAGUAACACUGAGAAUGAGUCAGUUUUUGUCGCCCUUCCCAACGCUUGCUUCGUCAUGGCCCCGGCAAAGAGGGUGCGCGGGAUUACUGCAGUGGGGGAGCUCGGAUGUCUUAUUACACCUGGCUUUCGACGAAGGCUUGUGCGCAUAUAUGGGAAGAGUAGCGUGGUGUCAGAGACACUUUCAUCGGAAAGCUUGGCGUGA